GCGUCUUUAGAGAUCAGUCUUGACGGAUCGCCUCUGGAAGAUGUCCUUAUAAUAGAUCUGGCUAAAUCUACAACCUUUUGCAAGCAUUAGAGCCUUCGUACAGGGGCUGUCCUCAACCAGAACCACCCAAUCAACUUCACGUUAUCAGGGUAAUAGAAAUCACCUGAAUUUAUUGUUUUUUUUAACUUCCCGGUUAUUCCAGUUUUACGCAAUUCCAGUCCCCGCCUAUUUGGCCGUCGAGCGGAGAGUUCUCGAGAAGCUGAGAAGACUGCAGAUGAAGUGUCUGUUCGCUUUGGCUUUGUUUUGCUCGCUGCUGAGGGUGAUCGGCACAGGAGCAGAAGUGAAGCAAGUUAAUGGCGUCGUUGGUGAAAAUGUUUUGUUGGUGUCUGGAAACAGUGCCGAUCUCCACGGUCGUGAAGUUGUGUGUGAGUUCACUAGCAACAGUGGAACUGAGUUCACCAUUUUGGAUGUUGGACCAAACCACCCAGAGGUGAACCCAAACAAAUAUUUUGAAGAUCGUUUACAUUUUAAUCUGUCCACUGGAGAUUUAUUAUUAAGUAAUUUAAGGACAAGUGACCAGGGAAUUUAUACUAUCAACGUUGAUGGUCAGGAGCUGAGAAAAAUACAUUUGCGAAUCUCUGCUGAAGUGAAGCAAGUUAAUGGCGUCGUUGGUGAAAAUGUUUUGUUGGUGUCUGGAAACAGUGCCGAUCUCCACGGUCGUGAAGUUGUGUGUGAGUUCACUAGCAACAGUGGAACUGAGUUCACCAUUUUGGAUGUUGGACCAAACCACCCAGAGGUGAACCCAAACAAAUAUUUUGAAGAUCGUUUACAUUUUAAUCUGUCCACUGGAGAUUUAUUAUUAAGUAAUUUAAGGACAAGUGACCAGGGAAUUUAUACUAUCAACGUUGAUGGUCAGGAGCUGAGAAAAAUACAUUUGCGAAUCUCUGGCCAUUCCACGGAUGACACUGUGAUGACUGUUCUGUCGAUCUCAGCCCUGGUGUUUUCUUCACUUUAUCUUAUUGCAUUUUUUUCUCUGAACAUCUGGAAGAUAAAAUCAAAUAGAGAAUCACCAAAGUGCAAAUGGUGGAUGCAUGUCCUGUAUGCAUGUAACAUCCUGCAAUUUGUUUUCAUCCUCGCUGCCUGCAGUUACACGACUCAUUUUAAAGGUUCUGAUUCUCUAAACGCGGCUACAGCAUGCAUUUCAUUUCUCCUAUUUUUUACUUUGACUGUACCAUUUAUCACUCGAAGAUCUAACUGCCAGCGCAUUGGCAGAUUCAACAUCAAUACCGCAUUUAUUUGGAAUCUCAUUCAAUGUGCACUUCACACCAUCAUGAUUGGCAUCUCGAUUGGGUUCCUCAUCAAAGACAUCCAUCAGAGAAAUCAAGGACGUAUCUUCCACAUCUGGAUUGUGCUCAUCGCCUCAGUGGCCGAAUAUACAGUCAGCUUUUUCCUGGCCUUGAUGUUCAAUUCCUGGAGAAAUAAAAUCAACAUUAAUGGAAAAGGACCACAGAAUGCUGAAGAACUGCAGGUUUUCAGAACCUGUCACACAGAAGCUGCUGGAUCUCUACAUCCUGAUUAGAAUGGGCUGAACGGUCUGCUUUUGGAUGCCACUGCCUUGGAAAAACACUAUCUGGUAUGACUGAACAUUUCGAUCCUAUGGUUCCCAACUCAGGUCACGGCAUAAUUUCAGUCCGUUGGCUGGGAGUGUCCAUCUCUGACAAUCCGGUGAAGAUGUUUCUCCAUGCUGGUUGAGAAAGUGAAAAUGGGGAUGAAUUUGAUUAGUCUCAACUCAGGACUCGGGCUUAAGCCAGAGAAGAGACGUACCAAUCAGUCCAAUCCUCGAGCUCCCAACUCAGGACUCUGACUCAAUCCAAAGAAGCCACACAGUACCGACUGAUUUUGAUCUGUUGGCUUCUGACUGGGAAUGUCCAUCUCUGACAAUCUGACAGAGUUUUUACGAGCAGCAGAAACUUUAUUCCAGGUUCUGUGUGGGAAGAGGCACAGAAGUGUAGACUCCCCCAGCAGUCAGCCCUGUAAGGAGAGAGUCAAACUUGUUAUUAAAAUACAAUCAGGGACCAAAAGACAAAAUGGUGGCAGCUUGGAAUGUGGAGAUAAUAUACAGAUGUGCCAUGAACACACAUGUGUUUGUUCCUGCCCUCCCCAAAAUGCUACACCUGCCCAUUCACCUCUUCCCUCACCUCCAUUCAGGGUCCCAAACAGCCCUCCCAGGUGAGGCAACACUUCACCUACAAAUCUGCUGGGGUUUACCUAUUGUGUCCAGUGCUUCCAAUGCAAUUCUGGCACCUUCCUCCUUCCCUUCCAGUCUUGAUGAAGGGUCUCGGCACAAAACGUCAGUUGUUCAUUCAUUUUCAUAGGUGCUGCUGCCUGGCCUGCUGAGUUCCUCCAGCAUUUUGGGUGUAUUGAUUUGGAUUUCCAGCAUUUCCAGAAUUUCCCAUAUUUAACUUUGAGAUUAUAAGCUGGUGAAGAGUGUUUAGUGUGUGCAUGUGCGUGCGCGUGUGUGUUUUGCACGAGAGGCUGUUGGAUCUGUAGUUGCCACUGCCAUUGUACAAAUCAGAGUGUUAAGUUGUUGAUGAGUAUUCUGCUUUUCUUUGUACCACUACAUUAUUAAUUGAUUGACUUCCUUUUGUAUUGUAUGUUUUAUAUGACAAAUAAAUCUAUUUAUCUAUCCCUUUAA